AAAACCAGCUUCCGCAGAACCAGCUCACGCCUGCCAGAGGCUCUCUAGCGGAGAGGUGCGAUGACCGCGCCUGAUGCCACUGCCAAGCCGACCGGCGAGGAGUGGCAGAUCCGUCACGAGCAGCUGAUCCGGGAGAUCCGCCAGCUCCAGCGGAAUGUGCUCAGUGUGCCCGAUUUCGGGCUGACGCAGGAGAAACCAGAACGCGAUCAAAGAGGCAAGGUGGAGGUGGCCAAGGCAGAAGGAACAAUGCUUGGGACGUGGAGGAGCCAGGCAAAGGAGCUGGAUGAACUGCGCGAGCAGCUGCAAGCCACCUUGGAGGAGGGAAGCACCGCAGAUCAGGCGGCGCCUGGCUUCUCCACGCAGUCCACGCAGUCCACAUGCGCCACUGGCACCUCGUCGGCCGCCAGUGAAGGCCCCCGACAAGGCUCUGAGCGCGCCCUGCAAAGUGGCCCUGGCCCUUUGACGCCAGCAGGAUCGGUGCGAGGCCGACCGGGUGGCCCGGUACCGGGCCCUGGCCUGCGCUGGGUGCGGGGUGGAUCUCCGUGCCAAGGAUUGCCGCCUGAACAAGGAAUGCAGCGGCGAGACGACUUCAGGCAUGCCCAGCCUGGGUCGCAGAGGCCACGAGGCUUUGGAGGCUCCAUAGUGUCCCAAGUGGCACCAGCGCCGCGGAAACAGGUCGGAGCUCCCUUCGACCAGCCACGGAUGUCAGUCAUGGCACGGAUAUACCACAAGCCAGACGGUCGGCCUGAGCCGCUGGAGGUGCCUUCGAAGCCGUGCCUUGACCGUAGUCCGUUCGCCAGCCCAAGCAUGCGGAGCUUCCGGGCAGUCCAGCCCGCUGCCUCGUCGCCAACGGCAUUGCCCUCCAGCCCAGUGACGUGGCACAGGCCUGUGAUGGGCAGCAGUAGCAGCUCGUCUUGUUUUGCCCCAGCCCGAAGUUGUUCACCACCGAGGGCUUUGUCACCACCGCCGAGGGCUUUGUCACCCUCGCAGGCUCGCCCUGGUUACCAGGGUACUUCCUGGGCGCCACCGCCGGUGCCGAUGCCGCCGCAGCCGUCGCAGAUGCUGCCGCAGGCCAGAUCUCGAGAGGCCAUGAGCCCAAAGUUUCAGAGGAAUGGCCACGCGGCGACCUUCGGGGCUUCGCCGCGGUCACCAGGCGCAAGGAAGCCGUCUAAAAUCAGUCUUUGAACGAAGAAUAACUGCCUGUCGUAUUCAGAUCGCAAUUGCC